ACAAAUACUUUUUGGUCACAAGAGUUGAGAUUUGUUGUGAUUGUUGUCUGCUGAUUGUACUUGGCAAUAUUUUAUGAAAAAAAAUGGCUGAAAAACGGAGCAGAUCAUCAAAUUGGACGAUGGCAAUGAAGGAGCUACUGGUCGAAGCAGCUAGACCACUUGCGGAUAUAAUUGAUUCCAAGCUAAAUGAUGGCAAAUCAUUAAAAGCCAAAGCUAUAGCCUGGCAAAAUAUUGCAACAACGUUUCAGGCAAGUGGUUUUGAAUUGACGCCGAAACAAAUAAGAGACAGAUGGAGCCGCUACAAGCAGGAGGCGCGGACCAAUUUGAGUCAAUUUAAUCGAUCUCAGAGGGAGACCGGUGGUGGAAAACCUCCUAAGGAACCUUCUGAGAUCGAUUACGAAAUUGCUGAAAUUUCCGCUCUGGAUUUCGUGGAGGAUACCGCAGAAUUUGAUUGCGAUGCAAUAUGGCUUGAUGAUGUUGAUGACAAAGAAAACAUACCAUCCUCAUCAAAUCCACCCGAACCAGAACCUGAAACGAAAAACAGCCCUCCUCCUCCGCCUAAAACUAUAUGCAAAAACCCAAGGAAAAGAGCGCGCAAAUGUCCGACUUUGGGAACAUCUGAAGAGCUCUUACAAAAACGAAUUGCACAAGUGGAGAUGGAAACAAAAAAAAAAGAAAUCAUUCUUGGACUUCAGGAAGGUGUUUUAAGAAAGAAGCUUGAAGUGCAAGAACGGAAGCUCCACUUAGUUAAUUUAAAAAUAAAGGCUGAAGAGGACAAAGUGGAGUAAAUUAUGAGUCAGUGAUUCUUAGUAUGCUUCUGUUAGAUUUUACGGAUAAUGUAUCUACCAAUGAACGAGAAUAAUUGUGAAUUUAGCUUCAUUUAAUUCACUGGAAGUUAAUUGGUAGAUAGAUUGUCUGUAA